UUUGUGCGACUGUGCGGCUGUCGAGAGCCCACUGCUCCGUAGAAUCUUAGGGGCGUCCUGUGGUAGCCAAGGCGGCGGUCACCCACCUGUCACUUCUGCUGUAUCUUGUCCUGCCUGAUACCCAGCUCCGUCAUUGGGUGCAGGUACUCCAUCAUCACGCAUUCUUCUAUAUCCCUUUCUUCUUCUGCAUAUUAUACCCCAGAUCACGCGGCAUUGCGAUUGCGUAGGGCCACUGCAAUGUUUGGUACACAGAGCUACGUGGACGUCAUGUCUGAGUCCGGCCGGAAGCGUGGCCGAGAUAGUGAGGGAGAGGUGGACGGCAUGUCCAUGGGUCUGGAGGAGCACCGUAGCAAGCGAUUUCAAUGCCUUCCUCUUCGAACCUCGCCAAGGUCGUCGCAGCAGUGGCCGUCCGCAUCGUCCAUGGGCGCCGAGUCUGAUGGCCAUGCCGCCCAGCUCCUGUUUUCUCGCUGGUCGCAUUCGUCCGUGGGAAGCUCCUCCGGCUCUCACGACGACACCGAGGUGGACAUGAUGAGCUCUAACCGGAUGCCAACACCAAUACAGCCCAGCUUUGCUGCGCAGGUGCGCGGCCAGCAGAACGAGUGGGCUGGCCCUGGGCCUGUUGUGACAAUGCUUAAUGGGGUUAUCAACAUGGGCCACCACCCCGCGGGCUUCUCAGACGACCAGUCUGUGCCUCGUGUCAUGUCGGGCCUGGAGGACUGGCAAGCUGCGCAAAACCACCGGAGGCUACCGUCGCCGAUUUCAGAAGUGGAAGACAACGUUCUGGACCAAGAAUUCGGCGAAGGAAGCAUGAUGGUGGACGAUGGCAUGGGCGUAACCAUGGAUGCUGCCUUGGUGCUACCACCGUCGCCGUCGCGCGCGAUGGACCACCCCAACGCCAUGAUGGACAUUGAAUCGCCGCCGCGCUCGCACUUACACGGAGCUGACGGCGAGGGUGACGCCCAUUCACCCAGCCCUGCUCGCAGAGGCCAUAUGCGAAGCAAGCACACCAUUGACAGCUGGACAUGGCAGCCUGGCAUGAAAAAGAGCUUCAGUAUCGGGUACCGAGCCGAUUGCGAAAAGUGCAGACUCAAAGUGCCUGGGCACUUUAACCACAUCGUCAUCUCAUAGCAGGGGAGGACAAAAGUCAUUGACCCCCAAUUUGACCCGGUCCUGUGGGAUGCCGCCAUCAGACCCCUCGAUUGGCAGGAGAAGCGACGGCACCUAACAAGGACUUCUGACCGGAGACAAUGUACCGUGCACCCUACAUCAAAGUAUGUAGAGAAGCCCGCCUUGCCAAAUCGGUGCUCGAUGUCGUCGGCUUCAAGGCGGGGACAAACGGCCUCUUCACUGUGUGACAGGGCGGGAAACUUUUUCUGGAAGCGCCAGCGACUCAUGGUCGAUUGCGACAUCCAGGGUCAUAUCGUCUGAUUCCUUUUCCUUUGUUUUCUUUUUGCAAUCAUCACAUUUUAUCGGAGUUUGACGGACGGCUAGGUUUUGCGACGCACUCGUUAUUGAUAUCACGCAUCGACAUCUGCAUUGUUGUUUUCAUGAAAAAAGAAAAGAAAAGAGACAUUCUGGUUGGGUUAGCGAUAUGCAUACCCCUAGACAAGCGUUAUUGAUGAAGCGAUUGCUCGGCAUGGCAGUCUAUAUAUAUUCUUAUUUCUGGGGCGCAACAUUGGUAAACACAAGGCAUCAGGCAUUUUACAUUAUGAGAAGCGACUCACCAUCAUUCAUAUCCAUGACAGACUUAAUAAUAACAAACACUCUCAUUUAUAUAUAAAAAAAGAGUUUACAUUUUAGUUUCCUUUUAAAGUACAAUACAUCUCUUUGUUAGUUCUGCGUGUCCAACAAAUUUAGAUGCAUAUGAUAUAGUAGUUGGGAGGUGUAUCUCCUUAUAUAAUACAUACAACAAAAUGACUCCCAACUCCUUCUAGUGCAAGCCAUGCAAUUAUGAUACACGGGCUGCUGCCCUCCUUACCCAAGUGAUAUAAUGACAAGAUUUUACGUCUUCUCCCUUCUCUUUCGCCCCUUUUGUUUUAUCUUUUGCUUCCUACUUGGCUCACCACCAGCCCUUCUUCUUGGAUUCCGUAGAGGAGCUUCCGGUUUCCAGUGCAGGGACACUCAGCUGAUUCUCUUUCUCCUGCUCCCACGCGGACUGAACAGCACUUGCAGAAACGGUAGAGCUGGCGUCGCUCUUCUUGCUGUCGCUGCCUCCCCAGAUGUAUCCCAGGAUGCCCUUGCCCUUGCUUUCCGCCGCCUGGCCCUGGUCGCCCUCGAAUGCAGACUUGACGUGCUCUUCGAAAUGCGUUCGGUGCUCAGGCGGGGACAGGAGGGACGGCAGCUUGAUGCCCUUCUCCUCGGCUUCUCGGUUGGCCUCCUCGACGAGGAGGAUCUGCUCUUCGGUGGCGUCGCCCUUGAGGUAGGCGAUGCGGGCGGUGGCGAGCUCGUCGGCCUCGAAUUUCUUUUGGGCUUCUAUCCACUCGGCGCGGCGGGCGCGGUUGUAGCGCAGCAUGUCCCAUACCGAGUAUACGCUGACGACACCGGCGACGACU